AGGUGUAUUUAAAUCCAGCUCAGCAGCCUCACUUCAGUAAACUUUCCGGGCUUCCCGGCAUCUAUUACUUCUUCCACUUCAGGCUGGUGGUCUGCCUCCUGACUGGGCACUAUGCGGUCCUCCCUAGCUCCCGGCAUUUGGCUCCUCCGCUACUUUUCCAGGGACAGCUGGUACCGAGGCCUUAUUCUGCUGCUCACCUUCCUCAUUUACACCUGUUACCACCUGUCGAGGAAGCCGAUCAGUGUUGUCAAGAGCCAGCUGCAUCGAAACUGCACAGGGCUAGAAAACCCCAACAACAACUCCAACAGCACCACAUGGUGUAGCUGGGCUCCAUUUGAUCAGGAAAACUACAAGGAACUGCUGGGAGGUGUGGAUGAUGCUUUUCUGAUUGCCUAUGCUGUUGGCAUGUUCAUCAGUGGAAUUUUUGGGGAGAGACUUUCCAUCCGCUAUUACCUGUUUGCUGGGAUGCUGCUGAGUGGGAUUUUUACUGCGCUCUUUGGCCUGGGUUAUUAUUGGAACAUUCACCAAUUGUGGUACUAUGUGCUUGUCCAGCUCUUUAAUGGAUUGGCACAGACCACAGGCUGGCCAUCGGUAGUGACCUGUGUUGGUAACUGGUUUGGGAAGGGAAGGCGAGGAUUUAUCAUGGGUAUCUGGAACUCCCACACAUCUGUGGGCAAUAUACUGGGCUCCCUGAUUGCUGGUAUCUGGGUGGAUUCAGCUUGGGGCCUGUCCUUCAUUGUGCCUGGUAUUAUCAUUGCUGUCACAGGCGUCAUCAGCUUCUUCUUCCUUGUUGAGAAUCCUGAAGAUGUGGAUUGUGCCCCUCCUCAGCACCAUAAUGCACCCGUUGAAGACCUGGCUACAUCUGUGGAUUCACAUUGUGUUGAGAGGGAUUGUGGAACUGAAAGUGCUGGAUGUUCCAAGGAGUCAAAUGAAAAACCUGGAGCCAUCAGUUUCCUAGGGGCACUCAAAAUCCCGGGUGUAGUGGAGUUCUCCUUGUGUCUGUUGUUUGCCAAGCUGGUCAGUUAUACCUUCUUAUUUUGGUUGCCCCUCUACAUCGUUAAUGUGGCUCAUUUUGGACCCAAGGAAGCUGGAGAUCUUUCUACCCUCUUUGAUGUUGGUGGCAUAAUAGGUGGCAUCCUUGCAGGGAUCAUCUCUGACUAUACCAAUGGCAGGGCCACUACCUGCUGUGUCAUGCUGAUUGUAGCUGCCCCUAUGCUGUUCCUGUACAAUUCUGUAGGCCAGAAUGGAAUUGGCAGUUCUGUAGUGAUGUUGAUUAUCUGUGGGGCUUUGGUCAAUGGGCCCUACGCUCUCAUCACCACUGCUGUCUCAGCCGACCUGGGCACACACAAGAGUCUGAGGGGCAAUGCAAAGGCGCUUUCCACUGUGGCAGCCAUUAUUGAUGGGACUGGCUCAAUAGGUGCUGCUUUAGGGCCUCUGCUAGCUGGACUCAUCUCCCCUACAGGCUGGAACAACGUCUUCUAUAUGCUUAUUUCUGCAGAUAUCUUGGCUUGCCUGUUCCUCUCUCGCUUGGUGUACAAAGAAAUCCAGGCCUGGAGGAGAAGUGAGAAUAGAAACAGAGGAUAUAAAGAGAUAUGAGGUCCCCAUCUGAAGUAGAGGAGCCAAGGAUCUUCGCUGGAUCCCCAGAAAACUCCCCAAUGGAGACACCCACAGACAUAAAGAGACAUUCUGGGCACCCAGAGCAGCCUAGCCCCAGGCCAGCCCAGGGACCUGCUAGAGGUCUUAAUAGAAUUUUCAGGGGAAAGAGGCUGAACAGCCUCAGGGAAUCAUAGACUAAAGAAAAAAGACACAUUUUGAGCAGGAAGUGUGUUGCAAGUAGUACAAUAGUAGGGCUGGAACUAAGGUGGCAUCCCAAUCAAUAAGAAAAGAAAGGCAUAGCCUUUUGCCUAGACUACAUCUAGUUUCUUUGCUGAAUUGAGUGACCUAAAUUUUAGGUGCCAAGAUAAAAGGGAAGGAUUCUGUGGGGACAAAACAUAAUAAUAGGCCAUACUAUUCCUCUCUUCUCCCCAUUACCAUUAAUUUUAAACUGAUUUUGUAAUCAAUUGUUCCCCUCUGUAACAGAGAUAACUUAACAUGUUAAGGUGAACAGCUGCAGAGUUUGGAGUCCAUUCUUUUUCUCUGCUCUAUGACCUUAUCUCUGUAUUCCCAAAUUUAAUAUCCCCUCCUCCCCACCCUCCCUGCCAACUUUGACUCUGUUUGUAAAUGAUACCUUAUCUUCUUUAUCUUUGAUUAAAAUUUUAAUAUAACGUU